AUGGGAAGAGCGCACGGGAUCAAACAGGUAGGCGCAAUCCCUACAUUGCUCGUCGCGAUCGUCGCAAUCGCCUGCAUUGUCACGGCCCUCUCGUCGGUCUUCUCCGCGUACCGGCCGCCGAUGGACGCCGCUGUGAUUCCAGGCUCGGCUCCGGAUCGCUCGUUCCUGAGCUCCCUGGAUCGGUUUCUGGAGCGCGGAUUGGGCGCUAGGUCGCGGCUGUCCGUCCCUUGGACUGGAAGCGCCGAGGAUCUGGACAGGGGUAUGGAAGAUCGAGCAAGAUCCUCGCAGGUUCUUCGAGUUUAUGUGUAUGACAUGCCUGAGAAGUUUACACUCCAACUCCUGCGAUUGUUUCGCGAUACAUACAAGGAGACUGCGAAUUUGACGUCGAAUGGAAGCCCAGUUCAUCGAUUGAUCGAACAGCACUCCAUAGACUACUGGCUCUAUGCCGACUUGCUAGCACCCGAGUCCCAGCGCCUUCUAAAAUCUGUGAAGCGAGUUCUCAAUCCCACUGAAGCAGACAUUUUCUACAUCCCUUUCUUCACGACUAUCAGCUAUUUUCUCAUGGAGAAGCAACAGUGCAAGCAGCUUUAUAGGGAAGCUUUGAGCUGGGUUACAAAUCAAGCGGCUUGGAAAAGGUCGGGUGGACGAGACCAUGUUCUUCCAGUUCACCAUCCGUGGUCAUUUAAAUCGGUUCGCCGGUUUAUGAAAACGGCUAUCUGGCUUCUGCCAGACCUGGAUUCCACUGGAAACUGGUAUAAGCCGGGAGAAGUCUCCCUCGCCAAAGAUAUUGUACUUCCUUAUGUUCCCAAUGUCGAUGCCUGCGAUGCAUAUUGCCUAGAGACUUCUUGGAGUCAGAGGCAUACAUUGUUGUUCUUUCGAGGUCGGACAAAGCGCAAUGCGGGUGGAAAGAUUCGAAGUAAACUUGCAGCAGCUCUUCAGAACGAAGCUGGAGUUAUCAUUGAAGAAGGAUCAAUAGGUGAGGCUGGAAGACGGGCGACUCAAAAGGGGAUGCGGAGCUCCAUUUUCUGCUUAAGCCCCGCUGGUGACACGCCUUCAUCUGCACGGCUCUUCGAUGCGAUAGUAAGUGGCUGCAUUCCUGUGAUUGUCAGUGACGAGCUCGAACCACCUUUCGAAGGGCUUGUUGAUUAUCGCAAGGUUGCUCUGUUUGUUCCAUCGGUGAAAACAACUGAAAAGGGAUGGCUGGUUUCUUACCUGCGAGCCAUUACUGCUCGACAGUUGUCAAUGCUACGGAGUCAUAUGUUAGAGUUUUCGAGACAUUUCCAGUACUCGAGCCCUGCUCAGCAACUUGGUCCCGAAGAUCUAACUUGGCAGGCGGUCGCGGGAAAGCUGCAGUCGAUAAGGCUGCACAUCCGACGAGCACAACGCCUAGUGGAUGGAGGCCGGAAUGUAUGCACAUGUGAUUGUAGAUUUGCCAAUGGCUCUUCCGCAGCGAUAUGAUUCUAAGCUGACUUCUUGUGUUUUCCAUUCCGAGGGGUUCCGGGAAAUCAAUGGAGAGUUGAGAUGGAUUUUCAUAUGAACUGAUUUUGUGAUCAGAGAUGUUGUGAUUUGUCCAUGCACCUAGAAUGCAGCCGCUGAGAAAGAAGUUUUUUGGUUGCCGAGAAAGAAGUUUUUGGUUCGUGUCAUCCAAGCUUAUGUCACAGAUUCACCGGUGGGUGUGCUUUAAGAUUUUCAAAUUUUUAAAUCUCCCGCUUUUAGA